GCGGCACCACCCGGUUCCUCUAAAUCUCUUAUCCGCUGUUUGAUGAUAUUGGCGAUUUUAUGAGCGUCUUAAACGGGUGACAGUUCUUCAUUAAACACACCAAUGCCUCAGAAGUGAGCGUACUUCUCUACAUUACCGAUAAAAGUGGUCGAGAGAGGUGGAGAGAUGUCUGCCAGCGCGGUUUAUGUGUUAGAUCUGAAGGGGAAGGUCCUGAUUUGCCGUAAUUACCGCGGCGAUGUGGACAUGUCCGAGAUUGAGCAUUUUAUGACCCUGUUGAUGGAUAAAGAGGAGGAGGGCACAUUAUCACCCAUUCUGGCUCACGGAGGUGUUCGUUUCAUGUGGAUUAAACACAACAAUCUUUACCUUGUUGCAACAUCCAAAAAGAAUGCUUGUGUCUCCCUGGUUUUCUCCUUCCUCUACAAAGUUGUUCAGGUGUUCUCAGAAUACUUUAAGGAGCUGGAGGAGGAGAGUAUCAGAGAUAACUUUGUGAUCAUCUACGAGCUGCUAGAUGAACUCAUGGACUUUGGAUAUCCUCAAACUACUGACAGCAAAAUCCUGCAGGAAUACAUCACACAGGAAGGUCACAAGUUGGACACUGGUGCCCCACGACCCCCUGCCACCGUAACCAACGCUGUGUCCUGGAGGUCGGAGGGUAUCAAGUACAGGAAGAACGAGGUUUUCCUGGACGUCAUCGAGUCUGUCAACCUCCUGGUCAGUGCGAACGGUAACGUCCUGUGCAGUGAGAUUGUUGGCUCCAUUAAGAUGAGAGUAUUCCUUUCGGGAAUGCCAGAGCUCCGUUUGGGUCUGAAUGAUAAAGUUCUGUUUGAAAACACUGGACGUGGUAAGAGUAAGUCUGUGGAGUUGGAGGAUGUGAAGUUCCAUCAGUGUGUGCGUUUGUCUCGUUUUGAGAACGAUCGCACAAUCUCCUUCAUUCCUCCAGACGGAGAGUUUGAGCUGAUGUCUUACCGUCUUAAUACACACGUGAAGCCGCUGAUCUGGAUCGAGUCUGUAAUUGAGAAGCAUUCACACAGCAGAAUCGAGUACAUGAUUAAAGCCAAAUCUCAGUUUAAGAGACGCUCUACUGCCAAUAAUGUGGAGAUUCAUAUUCCCGUCCCGACCGACGCAGACUCGCCCAAGUUUAAGACCACGGUUGGAAGCGUUAAGUGGGUGCCAGAAAACAGUGAGAUUGUUUGGUCCAUCAAGUCUUUCCCUGGUGGUAAGGAGUACCUGAUGCGGGCUCAUUUCGGGCUGCCCAGUGUGGAGGCAGAAGAUAAGGAGGGAAAACCACCAAUCAGUGUGAAGUUUGAGAUCCCCUAUUUCACUACGUCUGGAAUACAGGUGCGUUACCUGAAGAUCAUUGAGAAGAGUGGAUAUCAGGCCCUUCCGUGGGUUCGAUACAUUACCCAGAAUGGAGACUAUCAGCUGCGGACGCAGUAAACGAGAGGCAUUAUUCCAGAGCAUCAUAGGUGAAGGGUCUCUCUGCUGUGCAUGGGUUAGACACACAUCUGCAGUAUUGACAAGAAUUUAGUGAUUUGUAUAAUUUAAAAGGAUUGAAUUGAAUCUUCCCAACAGGGUUACUUCGAUUUCGAUUUUGACUUUGAUUUAUCCAAUAUUUGCUAAUCAAACUAUAAAGGUCUAUACAUUGAAAAAUAGCUGGUGAAUCUCAUGAAAACACUUCCAGGUCUCAUUUCACCCUAAAAUCAAAAGAUAAGAAAUAAGAAAAUACACAUUGAAUGUAUAUAAACAAAGGCUAAUUUUUAGAGCCAUUACGAGUUUUUGCAUGACAGUGAAGCACAUUUCCCCCCUAAUUCUCAUUUUUGUAACACAUCCGUACAUUUUACUUUUGAGAUUUUGUAAUUCUUAUUAUUCUCAUUACUGGAUUUAACUGUAACGUAUCACAGUACAAAAAAAAAUACUGUAAACUGCUUUUAAAAUGAAAAUUAGCAUAAAUUAAAGGCAGUAAUUUAAAAAUGUACAAAUAUUGAUGGUCCUUAAAAAAAAAAAGCUAAAUUGUAACUUCUAACUUCUUUCUUUUGAUUUUGCGGUGAAAUGUGACCCGGAAAUGUGCUUGACAGUUUUCAUGAGAUUCACCAAGUUGAUUUUUCUCAAUACAAUCAUUGAUUCGUUUAUAUUGAAAUAAUUUUGUGGCUAUUCAUUGUGCUUUAAUUGAAAUAGUGCAGAUGGGUGCGUUCAAUUCAAGUGUUGUAAUGGACCAUCAGUGUGUUUGUAUGUGUGUUUGACGAUAAACAGCAAUCAAGUUCCUUUACAUUUAAUUAAAACCCUGUUCUCACUCAGCAUCAGCAGAAAAACAACAAAAUUCAUAACAAUCGGUAUCAAAACAUAGAGGGAACUUUUAUACGUCACAUUUCAGAUGAGAAAGUUUUCAUACCGUAAAUGCUUCACGUUUUGAAACGGAUUUAUUUAGCAGUUUCUUAUAAUAUUGAUGUUCAACCGUGCAUUCAACAACAAGGUCAAAUUAAUUGAAUUAAACCUUUAAUCGUUCAGUAGUCAAUGCAAAAUUAUAUUUUUACAUUAGACAGUUUCGUAGCACUUGAUAUCUGACAUGCUUCUAGGUCAACUUCGUUUCUCAGUGUUUACCCAGUUUUUCACAUCAGGAGCAUCCUGAAACGUUUUUUUAUAGUCAGUGUUUUUGAUGUUAUUCCUGCACAACGAUUCAUUGUGUUAUUAAUAUUUUGUUUAGUUUAUUUUUGGUUUAAUUUACGUAUUUUUCAGUAUUAUUGGUUACAGGAGUAUUGGUCUCAGUACCUCGUAUAUGUUUUCUGUACUGCUAAAAUGCAGAAUUACAUUGUAUUUAAAUUAUCUCUUUGCAAACUAUUACAAAAGUUCAAUUUAAAGUUAUUCUUGGUGCCUUUUAAAAAAUAGAAGACAAUAAACUGAAAAAAACUGUUUCAUUGUUUGUUUGUUUUUUGUUUUUGUUUUUGUUUAUUUGCCUUGAGAGUGUACAAUUUGAAGGUUACCAUAUUUACCAUGGUGCUGCAUGCUGUGAAGCUGAAAUGUAACACUGUAAAUGCAUUCCCUCAAUGUUCCUGUAUCUCUUAAACUCAGAAUUGACGUGUCUGUACCUCUCUGUACAUGUCAAGCAUCAUAAACUAUCUGUUAAGAAAA